AUGAAUCAUUCUCUCAUGACGCGAUUUUAUUCAUCCUUUUCCUUCUCGAAGAACUCUUCAAAGAGUAUGUUGAAGCAAGCACAAGUCUUUUCGACAACAACAAGAACCUACUACCGUAGCAGACUUGACUGUUCGGACCAGUACCACCACCACCACCACCACUUCUACUACAACUACUCCUCUACUCUCAUGCAUGUGGAUCAACAACAACAACAACUCAGACCUUUCCAUACCUCAAGUCAACAACAUCUUGGAAUGACAUCCUCAAAGAAGAAGAAGAGUACUACUACUAAAAAGCCAACAACCACCACCACAGCAACAACAACAUCCAAGAAAGUAGUGGCGACUACCAAUUCGACUAUCAACACGACGACUACUGAGGAGAAGGCCUCUUCAAAAACUUUGGAUAACACUCAUCCAACCACCAAGAAGACUACUAUGAUGACCUCUUCAUCCUCCUCAAAACCAUCCCCAAAACCAUCCUCUUCAUCCACCACCACCACCACAAAAACUCAAAGACAAAUCGAAAAAGAAAACAAGAUGAUCCAAUCCUCACCCUUUCUCAAUCUUUCUCAAAAAUCUCAAUCCUUCAAUUUUUCAAAAUCACAGUUACAAGAAUUUAAAUUAGAAUCAAAAUUAGAAUCAAAAUUGAAUUCAGCCAUUGCAGGUAAAAAACAAGGAGUAGGACAUCUCUUUGGAAAUAUCAAUGAUGGUGCAGGUGGAUUAUCAAAAUUAACUGGUUUUAUUCCAAGAGAUUCCAAUCUAUCACCAUUUAUUAAAUCUAGUCAUGAUCCUAUGAGAAGAUUGACAGAAAAGGAAAUUAAUCAAAUUACAUCAAGAGCAAGUGAUGAUGAAUUUUUAAAAGUCAUUGUUUCAAAACAUCAUCAGAAAUUGAAUGACAGUUCAUUGAAAACAACAACAUCCUCUCCAUAUAGUAUUGGAGGUACAGGUGAGAUUUUAGAAAUGACAAAAUUAAUUGAUCAUUCUCAUAGUAGUAUGGAUAGAAAUGGUAUGGAUAGAAAUGGUAUGGAUAGUACUAAUGGUAUGGAUAGUACUAAUGGUAUGGAUGGUACUAAUGGUAUGGAUAGUACUCAUCAUGACUACUCUCAUGAAGAAGAAAAAGAGGACAUUUAUGAUGACUCACAUUCGAAUCAACAACCAUUCCAUUCUUCUGUUCAUCUCUCAUCUCAACAGAAUCAUGUCUCAUCUCAUCAACAACCAUUCCAACCAUUCCAUUCUUCUAGAGAUCCCAAUGUCUAUGACAAAAUGUUUGAUUUACAAGAAUCAAAAAAACAUUGUGUAAAUCUCAACAAAUUAGCAGCCAUUUCUCUCUCACAAACAACACCCUCUUCUCGACAAGAACAUUUACAAAAUAUUCAAAACUAUUUUAAUUCCAUUCCAUUUCCUAAUACUUUUCAUUAUAAUAUGUUAAUGAGUAUUUAUGCUCGUCAUUCACUUUAUGAUCAAGUAGAAGAAAUAUUUCUACAUUUACCAUAUAAGAAUACAUCAAGUUAUAAUAUCAUGUUAGAUGUUUAUUUAAAACAAGAGAGAUUUGAUGAAAUGCAAGAUUUAUUUAAACAAAUUCCAAGACAUGAUGAUGAGAGUUGGAAUAUAUUAAUGGAAAUGUUUGAAAAAAAGAAUGAAAUUGAAAAAGUGAAACAAGUAUUUAAAUUGAUUGAUGAACCUUCUAUUGAUAAUUACAAUACAUUGAUGGCAAUCUUUUAUAGAGCGAAAAGAUAUGAUACUGUGAAACAAAUUUAUCAUUCCUUGUUGAACAACAAGAUGUGGAAUGAGAAUUCUCCAAAGAGUAUGAGUAUGAAUACGACUACUACUAAUUCUCCAAAUAGUACGAAUACGACUACUACCCAUUCUACUACUAUCCAUUCUCCACCAAAUAUUCACAAGGAUGAGAAUAUGAAAUUUCUUGAUCAAUUCUCUCUAUCAUCUUUAUUCUCUCCUAAUUUGAUGACCUAUGAAAUUCUCAUUAAUCUCUCAAUCGAUACCAAAGAUUAUGAACAAGUUCAUGAACAUCUCAGACAAGCCAAUCAAUGGUUGAAAAAAGAUUGUGAACGUUUCUUUUCACCUUCCACACUCUCUAAAAUUGAAUUACUUCGAAAGAAUCAUUUCAUUCCACCUAAAAGAUAUUAUCUUGAAUCCAAACCAAAUGAUCAUUUCUCUUCUGAAUAUCUCUCAAAUCAUUCCAAACCAAAUGAUCAUCAUGUAGUGAAGAAGAAGGAUGAUCAUUUUGAUUCCUUUCGAUAUAUUGCUGAAAUGGAAAGACUCAUUGAAGAGAAUCAAUUUGAACAAAUGGAACAAGUAUUGUAUCAUCAUGUACCACGUGAUUUAUUGAGUAGUGAACAUUUUUCAUGUGCAUUGAAAGGAUAUUCUCGAAUUGGACAUUUAAACAAGACAAAACAAGUAUUCAAUGAUUGGAUACAAUUUGAAAGAAUGAAGAGUAGUAGUAGUACCACCAACACUCUGACCAACACUACCAAUACCACCACUACUCAUACCACCACUACUCAUACCAACACUUUUCAAAAGAAUUAUUAUUAUUACUUGUCAUGUUUUGUGAGACAUGCAGACUUGACCAAUACCACACCCAAUGUAUUGAGAAUGCAACAACUAUUUAAUUCAAUACCAAAUCCAAAUGCAUCACUCUAUUCUAUACUCAUGCUUGGAUAUCUGAAAAAGAAAAUGUAUGAAAAAGUAGAAGAAUUGUAUUAUGAAGUGAUGAACAAGUUGUUAAAUGAUGAUACAACAACAUCCAGGACUCUGAGUCACAAUGAUGAUAAUCUGAGUGACAACAGUUACACUUCUUCUAUGGAGAAGGAUCAUUUCUCUUCAUCUUUCUCUUCACAACCUCAACAACAUUUGAAUUCUAUUCUCAUUCAAAUCUAUUCCAUCAUGAUUCAAUGUUAUGGACAUCAAAACAAAUGGGAUCAAUUAUUUCAUUUAUUUGAUCAUGUGAUUGCGAAACGAUUCGAAUCUGUUGCUCACAAGACUCUCAGUGGUGUGAAUGGUGUGAAUGGUGGUGCUAUGAUUCCAAACAUUCCUCUCUAUUAUUAUACUAUAAUUCAUUCAUCCUCCUCUCCAUUGGCUCCUCUUCAAAGACCUUUUGUAUUGAAUCACACUAGUGUGAAUAGUGAUAUGGCAAACAACACUACUAGUACUACUUCACAUCAUCCUUUCUACAAUACUCAUCGAAUUCCAAGAAAACUCUAUCGAGUCAUGAUGUUCACAUGUGCAUGGAAAGGACUUGUAGAAAAAGUUGAAGAAUUAUUCAACAAGAUACCAAAUUAUUAUAAUGUUGUUGUUGUGGAUGAUGAUUGGACAUUAAAUUCUACUACUAUGACUACUACUACUAGUAAUAACAAGAAUAAUUACAAGAAUGGUAGUAAUACUGGUAAUAAGAGUGGACAAAAUGAAGACUUGUCAUCAUCCACUGUGAUGAUUCACACAACAGAGGAAUGGAAUGCACUUUUACUCGCUCACUCCAUUGCAAGAAAUUUUUCAAAAGUUGAAGAAAUUUUCAAACAAAUUCCACAACCAAAUCCAUUUUCAUAUCAAGUACUUGAAAUUACAAAGAAGAAGAAGAAUGAUCAGAAUCAACAAAUGAAUCAUGAUGGUGAUGGAAUAGAUUAUGGAACUCAUCAUUCUCUUCAACAUCACUCAAAGAAAUCUUCAGUUAAUGCAGUUGAACGUGUUCAAUCCCUCAUGAAAAAACCACCAACAACAGACAACAAAACUCUAAAGCUUCAUGUACCAUUGGAUGGAUAG